AACUUUCCUACUAGUACUAAUCCAUGCACUUCUCGUAACUACAGAUGCAUAAUCCCAUUUCUUCGUUUGUGUAGAAUUUUCAUUUGAUUUGCUUCAAAAUUCAUUGUUACGGAUUAAUUGGAGCCUAUUUUGGUUGGCUAAGAGAACCAGCAGAACAGCCAUUGUCGUCAUCUGUAAGUACGAUUUCAGACCUUGUAUAAUUAAUGGCCCUGCUCGCUCCGCCUCUCUUUCUCUCUCUCUAUGCUUCCGUGUCAGACUUUGCUUUUGCUGCCCUAGAGGAUCGCGCUUUUUGCCCCACUACUAGUUGACCGCCGGCCCUUUCUUCUUCUUCUUGCCGUUUUUGCAUUUUGCCUCUUCCCCCUCCCUGCAAUGGAGUUCUCUGGGAUCAUGGCGAGUAGGGCUACCUCUUCUUCUAUUUUCUCUUUUUGUUGGAAACCCAAUUCUAAGUUUGCUUAUUGUGACAAGUUUCUCGCUCAAAAGAGUCGGGCACCGUUCUUCGAGGCCAUUAAAUGUAUUCAAGCGCCCCAUCCUGAUGCCAAUCCUCUGAAAUCCAGUACCCGAAGUCUCGACUGUCGAUUCUCAUGCUCCGCUGCGACCCUCUCCCCCUCGUCUACCACUGAGCUCGUUCCUUUAAAGCUACAGCGCCUGAUCGAGGAAUUCGAGUCUAUCUCCGAGCCGAUCGAUAGAGUGAAACGUUUGUUGUGGUAUGCAGGCCUUCUGCCUCCUUUAGAUGAUGCGGCGAGGCUUGACUCGAAUCGGGUCAUGGGGUGUACGGCGCAGGUGUGGUUGGAGGUGAGGAUUGACCAGGAGGGUAACGUGAGGUUCGCUGCGGAUAGUGAUUCGGAGAUCUCGAAAGGGUUUUGCUCGUGUUUAGUUUCAGUGCUUGAUGGUGCCCUGCCGGAGGAUGUUCUGAGGAUGAAGACGGACGAUUUGGCCGCUCUAAAUGUGGGAUUGCCGGGUGGAGAGCGAUCAAGAGUAAAUACUUGGCACAAUGUUUUGAUUAGUAUGCAAAAAAGGACUAAGGCUUUGAUUGCGGAGCUUGAAGGGCAGUCCCCAUUUGAACCGUUUCCAUCUCUGGUUGUGACAGCUGAUGGGGUUCAUGCAAAAGGAAGUUAUGCAGAAGCUCAGGCAAGAUAUUUGCUCCCAAAUGAUUCUACGGUCAAAGAACUUGUGAAAGUGCUCAAGGAGAAAAGAAUUGGCAUUGUUGCGCACUUUUACAUGGAUCCUGAAGUCCAAGGGGUCUUAACUGCUGCUCAGAAGGAAUGGCCUCACAUUUACAUAUCUGAUUCAUUGGUAAUGGCAGAUAUGGCCGUCAAGAUGGCAAAAGCUGGAUGCCAAUUUGUAACAGUACUUGGUGUAGAUUUCAUGUCGGAAAAUGUGCGUGCAAUUCUCGAUCAAGCUGGCUUCGGAGAGGUAGGAGUGUACAGGAUGUCAGAUGAACGGAUUAGUUGUUCUUUGGCUGAUGCUGCAGCUACUCCUUCUUAUAUGAAUUAUCUUGAAACAGCUUCAAGCAAGUCUCCGUCCUUGCACGUUAUCUACAUAAAUACAUCAUUGGAAACUAAAGCCUACGCUCAUGAGCUUGUGCCAACAAUUACCUGUACUUCUUCAAAUGUCAUGCAGACAAUUUUGCAGGCUUUUGCUCAAGUACCAGAAUUAAAUGUUUGGUAUGGGCCUGAUUCCUACAUGGGUGCAAAUAUUGUAGAACUGUUGCAGCAGAUGACCAAGAUGACAGAUGAAGAAAUUGCAAAGAUUCAUCCAAAACAUAAUAGAGACUCAAUUAGAUCAUUGCUCCCUCGUCUGCACUAUUAUCAGGAAGGUACGUGCAUUGUACAUCAUCUUUUUGGGCAUGAAGUUGUGGAGAAGAUAAAUGAAAUGUACUGUGAUGCAUUCCUUACUGCUCACUUUGAAGUCCCCGGAGAAAUGUUUGCUUUAGCGAUGGAGGCAAAAAGAAGAGGAAUGGGAAUUGUAGGUUCCACCCAGAAUAUAUUAGAUUUCAUAAAACAAAGGGUGCAAGAGGCUUUAGAAAGAAAUGUCAAUGAUCACCUACAAUUUGUGUUGGGAACAGAAUCAGGAAUGAUAACUUCAAUUGUUGCAGCUGUUCGUAAUCUGUUAAGUUCUACAAAAUCUACUUCUGGUGGAGCAACGGUCAAUGUGGAGAUUGUCUUUCCUGUAUCAUCAGAUUCGGUGACAAAAACAUCAUCAAGCUCAUCCCUAGGCCAGCAAUCGGUUGCACUCGGGGAGAUCAAUUUACCUGUAGUACCUGGAAUUGCCAGUGGGGAGGGAUGUUCUCUUCACGGUGGCUGUGCAUCUUGUCCAUACAUGAAGAUGAAUUCUCUCAGCUCUCUUAUGAAAGUUUGUCAAGACCUGCCCGAUAACAAAAGUGCAAUUUCAGCUUACGAAGCCAAGAGAUUCAAACUCCACACAGUAACUGGAAAAUCAGUUGCGGAUAUUGGGUGCGAACCAAUUUUGCAUAUGAGAGAUUUCCAGGCUGCAAAACAUCUGCCAGAGAAACUUGUUCAUCAGAUAAUUAAUCGGCAUUAGCAAUGGGGGACAGUUUUAGCAAGUCAAUCCAUGCUACAUGAAGACCAAACUCUCAUCCGUUGCUGUUGAACCUGGAAUAAGUAUGAUUCUCUCUUCUGAGCUAUUAAUUUUUCCCUGAAUAGCAAAAUAGCUUUCUUAUGCAAUAUUUCGAUAUAAAGCUAUAGUUUCUUUUCAAUAUUCC